AACAUUGCGUGGCGUUAAGACGUUCAAGCGGUCGAAUAAGAUUUGGUGUCGUGUUGCGAGCUACCCCCCGAGGAAAAGUAGUUUGUUUAGUGCAUUGUUCGCGCGCGCGUGUGUGUGUUUGCCGAUACUCACACCAAUACGAAAAGAAACUCAAUAAGCAAAACAAACAAACCAAUAGAAAACAACAAGAAGCAGAAGAAUAAAACAAAACAAAAAUAAGAAGGCCAAUACAAAAUUCGCUUAUUCGGACUAUUGAACAUUCAAACUAUCGAAGUCUAUGAAAUAACGAACGAAUAAACGUUAGAACUUUUAGUUUACAAAUAGUGGUCAAUGUAUUGUAAAAAUCUAGAGUGACUUGUGUGAAGCUAAGAUUUUUGUCCACUUAGUAAAGACGGCUAAGAACAUUACAGUGAGAUAGCCUUAUUAUGAACGGCAAGUGGAUAUGGUGGUCGUCUGACCACUUUUUGGUAUUGAAGUCGCAAAUGCUGAAAAUGUUUUGGUAUGCUGUUUUAUUGCUAUUUUGUGUGCCAUGGACAACUUCCCAGUUCUUAAAUCAGCCGCCACAUUUUGUGCCUGGCUCAGGUGAUAUGUCAAGAUUUAGCCUUUCCGAAAAUUCACCUGUUGGCAGCCCUGUCUAUCAAUUGCGAGGUAUCGAUCCAGAGGGUAGCCGACUAAAAUACAGCAUAUCAGGACCAGUUUUUUCAGUAGAUCGUGAUACGGGUGUGGUGCGAUUGCGUCAAGAACUGGAUCGCGAAACUCAAGACACAGUUGAGGUCAUCAUCAGCAUAACGGAUGAAGGUGUUUACAGUACUGAACCAAAUACAGUGUCAUUGAGACGAGUCAUUCCCAUACGGGACUACAACGAUAAUCAGCCAACUUUUGUGGGCCGUCCCUAUCUGGCCAGUGUCAGUGAAGAAUUGGCAGUCGGCACUGAAUUAACUAUUGAACCGAAGAUUAUUGUGGUGGAUCGAGAUGUUGGCAUUAAUGCUGAGGUGGAGAUAAAGUGUGUUGAGGAAAAUGACAUUUGUGAUACUUUCGAUGUCAGAACGGAAAAGAUUUCGGAUGGAAACUACACAGCUCAUAUUGUCUUGAAAAAGUCUUUGGACUUUGAGAGUCGUCCCAAUUACAUAAUGACCAUAUCCGCUUCCGAUGGAGCAUUUGAGAAUCGCUUAUCAUCCGACGCAACCGUUUCCAUUACCGUGCUUGAUGUACAAGAUCAAUUGCCAGUCUUCACCAAUGCUCCCUACUCGGCCACUGUGGAUGAGAACACUCCAGCCGGUGUUAGUGUCUUAACAAUCAAGGCCAUUGACGGUGAUGUUGGCAUACCCAGAGAUAUUUUGCUCACGCUUGAGGAUGAUGAUUUGGGACAUUUCGACUUGAUGCCCUAUGGAGAUCCCAAAGAGGGUACGGCAGUAUUGAUAACAACAGGACUUCCAUUGGACAGAGAAAAUCCAGAUAUUCUCCAAAAUGGAGGAGUGUACAUUUUAAAUGUUCGCGCUACAGAAAUGAUAGAUGGCACUAUUCCGGCAGAGUCAUCGACAACCCAAAUCACCAUAGUGGUCAAUGAUGUUGAUGAUCAUUUGCCCGAAUUCAAUGGAGAUUCCUUCAAUAUAUCGAUUCCCGAAAAUUUGGGUAAUGGCAUGCCCUUACCCGGUCUGUCCGUCGUAGUUAAUGACCCGGAUAUGGGUAACAACAGCCGCUACUCUCUUAUCUUGAGAGAUGUGAGAAACUCCAAUAACACCUUUGCCGUUAGCCCCACAGAAGCCCAGGGCCGCACACCUAUAGUGGUGAAAGUUGUCAACUCGUCACAUCUUGAUUAUGACGUACCCGACUUGGAGAAACGUUCGUUCUCUUUCGAUGUUUUAGCUCUGGUAAAUGGAGAAGAGAAAUCAAAAGUCCGCAUAAAUGUCCAACUUACCGAUGUUAAUGACAACCCCCCAAUAUUUGAACAUAGCAGCUACAGAUUUUUGGCCUCCGAAAACCUUACAGUAGACAGCCAAAUAGGAAUGGUGAGGGCCAGUGACAAGGAUUCUGCAGGUUAUGGAUUCAUCACCUAUUACUUAAAGGGUUUCGGGGCCGAGAAUUUCUAUACGGAUCCUUUAACUGGUGGUUUCUACAUCAAGAAACCCUUGGAUUACGAGAAACAAAACAGUUACAGUCUCUCUAUAGUGGCGGAGGAUGGAGGAGGCCGCGAGGCCAAUGCCCAGGUCUAUAUUGAAGUGUUGGAUGUCAACGACAAUUAUCCGAAAUUCGAGCAGGCAGAAUAUUCCCGAACAAUCCGUGAGGGCACAGGCCACUUUGAGCCCCAGUUCAAUGUUCGUGCCACUGAUAUCGAUGGCCCUAGCCAAGGGGGUGGUAAAGUUCGCUAUGCCAUUGUGUCGGAGAAUAGCAUAUCGGGAAAUGUGUUCAGCAUCAAUGAGGACACAGGUGAAAUCCUAUUGCAAAAGGUAGCCCGAUCCAUGGACACCGAAAAGGGGGAAUACGAAUUGGUUGUGUCUGCUACAGAUUUUGGCAUGCCUCCGUUGCUCAAUACGACGAAGGUUUAUAUACGUGUGGGUAUCUCUGGCAACCAACGACCCAUUUUUAAGGGUCAUUUCCAAAAUAUUGAAAACGUGCCUGUGCUGGGUCCUCCCAGUUAUCGAGUAUCCAUACCGGAAAACGCCCAGGCGGGUCACAAUGUCACCAUGGUGAAAGCCCAUGAUCCUGACGGUCUGGACGGCCUGUUGCGUUAUCGCAUAGUUGGUGCCAAUGAUAAUUUCGAAAUUGAUGAAAUAUCCGGCUUGAUUACAGUCUCCCCUCAGGCACGUCUGGAUCGUGACUCUAAUAUGGACAGUUUUGAAAUUACGGUAAACGCCGUUGACUCUGGCCUGCCAAUACCGGAAACUGCCACCACCACAGUUUAUGUCAAUGUCAAGGACAUUAAUGAUGAGAAACCCAAAUUCGAGCAGCACAGCUACGUGGCCCAUGUCUCAGAACGCGCGGAAAUCGGAGAAAGUGUUCUCAAAGUCAAGGCCAUUGACAAGGACCUGCAUUCCAAAUUGAACUACACCAUUAAGGGACCCAUUAAGGCCACAUCCAAGGCUGGCGUUAGUAGCACAAACAACAACAAAUACCAGGUCGAGAACGCUUUUCGCAUCGAUCCCGAUACAGGCAUAAUUUAUGUGAAUGGGAAACUGAAUCAUGAUGAGGCAGCAAUAGUUAUACUACCCAUUGAAGUUAAAGAUCUAAAUGCCGAAGUCGAUCCGGAGGGUCAAAUCGAUGUAGCCGAGGUCACGAUAUAUGUGCAGUCCUUCAAGGACACUAACCCUGUGUUUGUCAAUAAGGGCUGGACGAGUUCCAAACCGGUUGUACAUGUGAACGUAAUGGAAGAAAUGCCCAUUGACAGCACUCUCUUUACGCUGCACGCCAAUGAUCCCGUAACCCAGUUGCCCAUUCAAAGUUUUGAAUUGGUUGAACCCAAGGAACUAGAAUACUUCCAAUUGCACGAACGUUCUGGCGAAGUUAGUCUGCGUAAACGCUUAGAUUAUGAGGCCUUAGCAGAGGGGCAAACUGAAUUCCACUUCCAAGUGAAAGCCCAUGCACCAGAUUUACAACGCAGCACCACCACCUUGGUAAAUGUUACAGUACAAAAUGUCAAUGAUAAUAGUCCCAUUUUCGAAGAGGCUUCCUACCAUACUUCCAUAUUGGAGAAUUCCAAGCCCUCCACUAAACUCAUUCAAGUGAAGGCCAAUGAUAAGGAUGCCGCUUUGACCGAGAGAGAUGAACGUUUGGGCUACCACAAGAUAUCCUAUUCGUUAUAUGGUGAAAAUUCCCAUCUAUUUGAAAUAAACGCCCAAACUGGUGAAAUUGUGAUAGCAGCGAAUCAAACGGUUGAUCGCGAGCGUACUCCUCGCAUAAAUCUGCAAGUCAAGGCUGAAGAUUCACCUGGCCGACCUCCAGACUCCAAGCAGAGUGUGGUGGACCUUACCAUUGAUGUUUUGGAUGUCAACGAUAAUGCUCCCGUGUGGAGCCAGGAAGAGUACACUACUGUGAUACCAGAGAAUGCCCCCUCCGAUACUUUUGUCAUCAAAAUGCUGGCCACAGAUUUGGACGAUGGUCCUGGCGGCGAAGUCUCCUAUGAAAUCAUAGACGAGGGCGAUGUCAAUGGCUUAUUCAAAAUCAAUAAAAUAACAGGAGAAAUCAAAACAAAACGUGAACUUACCGGCAAAGGUCGGGCAGAACCUUUCGAGAUUCAUGUUCGUGCCCAAGAUAAUGGUGACAAGCUACCAAAACAGAAAUCUCUAAGCGCCGAUGUCAAGCUGGUUAUCUACAUAGGCGAUGUCAGUGCCAACGAUGGAAUUCCCUACUUUGUGGAACCGAAAAUAGGACAAAUGGUUAAUGUGACUGAGAACUUGCCGGCUGGCACUGCAGUUUUCCAAGUUCGUGCGGCUGAUCCCGACGACCCCACUGCUCCUUCUGGAAUACUGUUCUACAAAAUAAUUGAUGCCACAUCGGACGCUGAAUCAUUCACUAUCGAUGAGAAUACAGGCCUUAUUUCAACCACCGAAAUUUUAGAUCGAGAAAACAAAGACAUGUAUAACAUUAUUCUGGAAGUCUAUGACAACGGCCAACCAAGACAAUCCGCAACCAGAGUAUUGCAGGUUAUGGUACUGGAUGUGGACGAUCACAAGCCAAGAUUCCCAAGAGAAGUGGACGAAGGACCUUUACAAUUAAUGGUGCUUGAAGAGGAGCCUGAGGGCACCAUAGUGGGAAAUUUCUCCGCCAUCGAUGAGGACAUUGGUGAAAAUGCUGCCAUUGACUAUAUUAUCACAGAAGGCAAUGAACAGAAUAUUUUCUCAAUCGAAAGGGACGAGGAUAACAUGGCCAUACUCAGGACUACACAGCCUAUAGAUAGAGAGGCAAUCGAGAGCUUAACGCUAACAGUAAAAUGUCUAAAGCUAGGAGCUGCUCACUCGGGAGUCUUGGGCGAACCAUACGAUAGAUUUGAUAGCUCACAACGUAGAAUAAUGGUCAAAAUAAUUGAUGUGGAUGAUAAUUUGCCGCAAUUCGAACAUGACGAUAUGUCUGUGGGAAUACGCAUCAAUGUGCCGGUUGAUAGUAAGAUCACCACAAUACACGCUAAAGAUCUGGAUGCAGAGGCUCAACCCAUACUUUUGACCAUAGAGAAUGUAACAUUCGUGCCGCAAUUUUACAAGAGGUCUAGGCAAAUUGAGACCACUUCGUUGCACGGGCUUUUCGCUCUCAACAACAGGACAGGUGAACUGCGUACCAGCGGAUCAUUUGCCGACUAUGUGGAUGGCUACUUCAAUAUGCGCAUCAGAGCAAACAAUUCCGAGCUGCCCAAACGUCAUACAUUCAACAAUUUGAAAAUCUUUGUUAUACGAGACAAGUCACUUUUGAAAUUCGUUUUUUCCCGUCCACCGAAUGAGAUACAAAAUUUCAUCAGACCCUUCCAGGAGAUGGUGAAACAGAAAAUGAAGCCCCUGGGCUUGGACCUACACAUACUGGACACUCAGGUCUUGACUAGGCCCGAUUUCAGCUUAGACUUCUCUGCUAGUAGUUCGUGCUUCCAACUCUUCAAGAACGGCUCUGCGAUAUCAAUGGCUGAAAUGCAGAAGCUCAUGGACUCGCCUUGGCUAAAGAGGGAGCUAUUCGACAUCUAUGUGGAGUAUGGGGUCAGCGAGGUGGAACCCUGUUCUGUCCGCAAGCAGGUGGCAGCGGCAAGUUAUAUGACCGCUCCUGGCACUUGGUUGGUAAUCAUAGCCGCUUUCAUUGGACUGGCGGCCAUCAUUACUGCGUGCACUGCAUGCUGUUUAAGGAGGAAGUACAAAAUCCAUUCUAAACGAAGUUUACAGCAGGCAUCCCGUUCCUCCACCGAAUCAUAUGGGGUCGUCGGUGUGCCCACGGUCUACCUGCCCUAUGCCGAACCCAUUUAUGGACCUUUGUAGCAUCCAGUCAUGUGGCAUAGAAUACCGUAGGAUUUAGUUUAAUUGCCUAGUUUCGUAUAUAUAGUAGAAGAUUAAGUUGUAGCUGCCUAAAUAAAUAAGUGGUUCAAUAUUUUAGUAGCGAACGGAGAUUUCCAAAGCCCGCCCUCCGGUGAGAAGACUUUGGGGAUAACAGCCAUAAAGACUGCGCAUAUUAUUUCAGAAAAAUUCAAUUUAGAUUUAUAAUAUGCCUGUGAUUUUUUUAAUACAUAAACACGUACGCAAAAGAUCGUACAUAUAUAUAAUUUUGUAAAUUAGUUUGUAAGCUUUCUAUAUGCCAACGUAAUUGUAAUUAUUUAAUAAUUCUUCUGUUUAGCUUCUCCUCCGUCUCUUCUAUGUGUAACUAUUUCCUCAAAUGUGAUUCGCUAAAGGUUUGAACCUUUUCCACUUUUUUAUACGAUAUGAAAACAAAUUUAGUUGUAGUGAAACAAGCAAACAAGAACAAAAGAACGAUGCAACCAUGUUCAUGCAAGCAUGUUAUAUAGUCUUUAGAUUUAAAAAUAAAUACUUUUUUACUUAUUUUGUAAAAUAAAAUUGUCCAAACUUAAGAAGUAGUACUUUAUCGUUAUCGUGGGGAUCGUUGGGUAAACUUACCUAUCCUUCGCUGUUGUAGCUCCAUAUCUGACCGCCUAUAUCGUCAUAAAAAAGUCGGUCGAGUACAGGGAAAUACCGAACGCGUAGGAUGGACGGGAACCCACUAGGUCAGCGAAGGAAAGGAUGCCCGAAAAACACAUGGAUCCGCUGUACGAAAAGAGAGUUGGGAUCAACCCAUAUAUCUUGGAAUCAAGCCAAGGCUUUGGCCACCCAUGGAGUUAGUUAGAAAGAUCUUGUUCACUCUGAACUUACUAUUUACUAUUCUUUAAUUAUACCCUCUAUCAACGCAUCUAGCGCAAUAUUGGUCUAAGACCCCACAAAGUAUGAAAAUUCUUGAUCGCCAUGGCAUUGUCGUCGAUCUAGCCAUGUCCGUCCCUCUGUCCAUUUGAGGAAAGCAAACAAACUUUCGAAGGAGUAAAGCAAGUCGAUGGAAAAUUUGCUCUAAUACUCCCAAUUAGAGUAGGUCAAAAAGUAUUUACUUGGUAGAUUAGGAAAAUACCCGGAUAUUUAACCAUAUAUGUAUACCCAAAAGCUAGGUGUUUAUAAAUUUGCACAUAUCUUGGCUAUAAAAAUAUGUUUCAGACAAUUUUC